AUGCGGGCCCAUGCCUGGCCCGAGGCCGUCCCUGCGCAACUCUUCGAGCUGGUGCUGACCCGGGACCACUGCAAGCCCGCCAGCGCGGCCGCCAUCGCAGCGCGGGGCGGCAACCCAUGGGACACGGUCAAGCCGCUGGCGCACCACUUCCCCCGCCUGGAUCAGGUGCUACUGAUCGACGACUCGCCGCACAAGGCGGCGGCAGACGAGGCCCCCAACAUGAUCGUGAUGCCCGGCUGGGCCGGGCCGGGGGCCGGAAAGGGCGACAGCGCCCUGCCCGUGCUCGUGGAGGCACUGCUGGACCUGGCUGCGACUGGGCAGGCCCUGGCCGCCGCUGGGAAGCCCGUGCCGGACCUGAGGCGGCACUCGGGGGCCAUCAGCGCGCGCCUGGCGGCACUGGCCGUCCCUGCCACUGAGCUCAGGGCGGGUAGCGCCCUGGAGGCGUCCGACGACGCGAGCUCGGCGGACCCGGCGAGCACAGGCCGCCGCAAGCGCAGCAAGGCCGGCAUCACGAGCGAGUUCCCUGAGGUGACCCAGGCUGAUGUGGAUCGAUUUGCGGACAUGUACCCGCCGCAAACGCCCGGCGUCCUGCCGGAGUGGGCCGUGCAGGCGGCUGUGACGCUGCUCGGACAUGUCGUAGAGAGGCUGUGGGCGAGAUUCCCACCCGGCACCGGCAUAGACAGACUGAACAACAAGCUCGACACCAACCCACAACUUCGCGUACUGUUCGGCACCUCUGUGCGCCGGGCGCUGGAGGCCUGCAUGGCCCGGGGCUCGCUGAGCAUGGCGACCCUGCCCUCCUUCGGGCCCUGGAUCGCGCUGGGCGGCGCGGCACCCCCCCUCGAUCCGGAGCGCGACGUGGCCGGACUGUUCGCAGUGCGCAGGCCCGGCCCCUUCGGCGGCCACGCGGAGGUGGCGUUUCAGCCCGGGCGGGCCGCCGACCCCGUGCCGGAGGAGCAGCUCAAGGAGGCGCUGGCCAUCUUCAGGCUGGCGGUGCAACGCCUGCUGGGCGCCGUCCAUCCGGCGCCACCCGCCCGCCGGGAUGCUGGUGGGGGGCAGCGGACCCUCACCCCCCUGCAUGCCGAGGUGCUGAGCUUUGCGCGGCAGGCCGCCCCCACCCGGCAGGAGGUUGGAGACAUGAAGCGUGCCCUGAUGAGCCUGGCGGAGGUGGCCACCCGCCUGUGGCCCCACUCCCAGACCAUGCUUUUUGGGAGUCAGGCCACGGGCCUGACGUUGCCGGGGGGCGACCUGGAUGUGGUCAUCCUGGGGGUCGGCUCCGAGCUGGACACGGCGGGCUCGGGGUUCUCAGCACGCGAGCGCCAGCAGAAGGUGCAGCUGCUGGAGGACCUGCUGGACGCGCUGCUCGCCACCAAGCUGCUGCAGGGGCGCGUGGAGCUGAUCGACGCGCGCGUGCCCAUCAUCAAGUGCUGCAUGGCCGCGGCCGGCGGCCUCCAUGUCGACAUCUCCCUCGGCACGGCCAACGGCGCGGCGGCCGCGCGCUACGUUCGCGCUCAGGUGCUGGCGAUCCCGCCGCUGCGCCCGCUGUGUCUGGUGAUCAAGGCCCUGCUCAGGCAGAAGGGGUUCAACCAGGUAUUCACCGGCGGCAUCUCCUCCUACUCCCUCUGCAACAUGGUGCGCAUGUGGGUGCUGGCCUAUCUGCAGAGCGAGGGUUACAAGCUGGGCGAGGUCCCCGGGGACCCAGGAGAAGUGAGCUCGGAGCUGGAGGGUGUGUUCGCCUUCCUGACCGACCUCCACUGCGAGGGGCUGCAUGGCGAGAGCGCCGGCCCCGGCCCCCCCGGGGCGAGCACGGCGGACCUGGGGCGGCUGCUGUGGGGCUUCUGCAACCUGUUUGGGUACGCCUUCCGCUACAGCCACCAGGCCGUUUCGCCAGCGCGGGGCGGCAUCUGCAAGAAGAUCGGGCCUUGGAGGCAGGACCACCGGGGCUGGCUGCUGGCCGUGGAGGACCCCCAACAGAUGGGCAAAGACAUCGGUUCAGGGAGCUACGAGAUCCGAGCCAUCCGGGAGAUGUUUGCCGAAGUGGCAGACAAGCUGGGGGAGAGCCUGGAGGACCUUGCGGCGCAGCGGCAGGCUCGGGGGUGCCAGCCGGCCUCGCCGCCUCCCCUCCUGCCUGGCAUCGUGGACAUGGUGGCCGCGGUGGCCCGUGGUGCGUCCGGCCUCAAGGCACGGCGAGCGCUGGAGGCACAGCAGACUGCCAAGAGCGCCGAGGCCAAGAGGUAUCGCUCCCAGUCGCCGCGUCGCUCGUAUGGCCGGCACAGACCCUGGGAGGAGGAGUGGGGAAAGCGGCUCAGGUCGCCGUCACCUCCCUCGGGGGAGCAGCGGGAGAGGCCCUACAGCGGCCGGACGCCCUACCAGCCCCAGCGCUCCUCCAGGCACACGCCCUUGCCCAGGCUCACGCCUAAAGGGAAAGCGGGUCCCAAGCCAAAAGCCACGCCCCAGCCGAGUGCCGCGCACAAGCCCACUUCGGGAGGCAAAGGCAAGGGCACAAAGCGGGCCCGGGCUGUGGAGGCGCAGUGGAGCAACAAGAAGGGGCAGUUCCUCGAGAGCAGGUGCUUUGUGCGGCUAUUUGAGGAAAAAGGGGUUCAGGGCGGGUCCUGA